CGUGAGCGCGCGUCUGUUUCCGUCCGUGUGAGUGUGAGAGAUUACUGACCCAGAUCGAGAUGAAAACAGGUCCUGCUGGAACGGUCUAAUGUCAUUUUGCGCCAUAGUAAUCUGACUUGACAUUGAGUAGUUUGGCAGCGCUGUGGUGCCAUGCGGCUGUGGCUUCAGGAGGUGUUUGUGUGGACGACUCUUCACCUGUCUGCUCACAUCUCAGAUCAUUUACCUCCCUGUAGCGCAGGCGUUUCAGGAUCAUUUUUGGGAAAAGGUCUGUGCUCUUAGUUAGAAGAUGCUCAAUGCGGAGCUGAGGAUGCGCAGAUGGAAAUGGCCCGUCCAGUUUACCUCACUGUACCUGAGCUGUCUGUAUUUCUUCUGUUCAGUCUCUGGGGUUUCGGGCAGCAUGUGCACAGUAACGGGUGGUGUCCUGGGUAUCCACUGGAGCAGCGUCAUUGGUCUGGGCUGGCAGCCACUGGCAGUGGACCAUUUAGGGGCUCGAUGCUGGGAAUCCUGCUGUAUGAAGCCCUCCUGUGGUGCCGUGUGGAGCCUCGGUGGACGCUGUGUGUUGCUGGCCUGCACUCGAGCGAAGGGCUGCGGCGUUAGGUCUCUUCCUCAGCCGUAUGUAGAAUCUCUGGGGCUUCUUCAGCAUCUGAACACGGGCAUGCGCAGUAAGAGGGACGUUUACAACGCUGAGGAUGUCCGAGUAAUCCGGGAGACGGAGCGUGACAUGUCUGUUAAACCCACAGUGCCAUUGACUACAUCCCAUGAUACAGCACUUCCACACACACCCGGUGAGAUCUCCAUCCAGUCCACCAGUGGCAGUGGUGAACAUGAAGCUGUCUCAGUAUCUGAGCAUAAUUCAACACUGGAUGCAGACACUGGAGAUCAUUCAGCAUUAAACAACAGUAAUCAGUCUCCACAGUCCACGUCUGACACACAUUCAGUGACUCCAACAACAACACCAGCUGUGCGAGAGCUGGUCGUGUCUGCUGGCAAAAAUGUGGAGGUCACUUUACCCCGCAGUGAGGUGGAACUGAACGCUUUUGUGGUGCCAGAGCCGCCUUCAGGGGCUAACUAUGACUGGCGUUUGAGGACACAUCCAAAAGACUAUAGUGGAGAAAUGGAGGGUAAACACAGCAAGACACUUAAGCUCAGUAAGCUGACAGUGGGUCUCUAUGAGUUUGAGGUGGUUGUGGAUGGUGACGGUGCUCAUGGGGAGGGAUACGUCAACGUUACUGUCAAACCAGAGCCCCGAGUGAAUAAGCCACCUGUUGCUGUAGUUUCUCCAAAGUACCAGGAAAUCUCCUUGCCUACAAGCUCCACUGUGAUUGACGGUCAACUGAGUACUGAUGAUGAUAAAGUGGUGACGUGGCAUUGGGAGGAGGUGAAGGGGCCGCUCAGAGAAGAAAAGGCCUCAGGUGAUACUGCUGUUCUCACCCUCACAAACCUGGUUCCGGGUAAUUACACCUUCAGACUCACGGUGACUGACUCGGAUGGAGCUCAGAAUUCAACCCAAGCCAUGUUGUUGGUCAACAAGGCCACGGACUACAAGCCUACAGCGAACGCUGGACCCAACCAAGUGAUCACACUGCCACACAACUAUAUCAUACUGUACGGCAACCAAAGCACUGACGACCAUGAGAAUCUGUCCUAUGAAUGGUCUCUCAGCCCUGAGAGCAAGGGCAAGGUGGUGGAGAUGCAGGGUGUGAGGACGGCCACUCUGCAGCUUUCUGCCAUGCAGGAGGGCGACUACACCUUUCAGCUGACCGUCACUGACUCGUCUGGCCAGCAAGACACGGCUCAGGUCACCGUCAUUGUCCAGCCAGAGAAUAACAAGCCCCCUGUAGCGGAUGCUGGUCCAGAUAAGGAGCUGACGCUGCCUGUCGAUCGCACCACACUGGACGGCAGCAAGAGCACCGACGACCAAAAGAUUGCCACGUACCACUGGACAAAGAACACGGGCCCAGAAGGGGUGAAGAUUGAAAAUGCGGACACCGCGAUUGCUGUGGUGACGGGUCUGCAAGAGGGCGAGUACAUUUUCAUGUUGACGGUGACGGAUGAAAGGAUGCUGGAGAAUUCUGACACCGUCUCCGUCAUCGUCCGAGAAGAGGAUGAUCAGCCACCUGUUGCCAAAGUGCUGUCCAGUCCUCCGAUCACUCUUCCCAUCCGUACUGCGGUUCUGGACGGUUCUCGAUCAUCAGAUGAUAAGGGUAGCAUCAGCUACCUCUGGACCCGUGAAGACACAAGCCCGGCUGCAGGGGAUGUCCUGAAUAACUCUAACCACCAGGCAGUGCUUUUUAUUGGUAAUCUGGUGGAAGGGAAGUACACUUUCACCCUGACUGUAACUGACAGUAAGGGAAAGACCCAUGCUGACAAAGGCACUGUAGAGGUUCGACCAGAUGUUUAUGUGCGAGACUUGGUGGAGCUGAUCCUAGACGUUCCUGUGGAUAAGGUGUCCCGCAGACAGAAGGAUAUGUUCAUCAGGCAGGUUGGUGUCCUUCUGGGAGUCUUGGACAGUGACAUCAUUGUGCGAGAGAUUAGCGCCUUCAAUGAGCACAGCACUCGCCUGGUAUUUCUGGUAUCUGGAGGUCCUGGACGACCUCCAUUGACUGGCCAUAGUGUUGCUAUGGAACUGCGCAACAAAUUUCGCAAGCAAAAAAACGAAUUCCUUAUCUUUAGGGCCCGGCGAGUGGACACAGUUAUCUGCCAGCUGAACUGCUCCAGUCACGGGGAAUGCGACUCCUUCACCAGACGUUGCGUGUGCCACCCGUUCUGGAUGGAGAAUUUAUUCAGUACUUAUUUCGGGGAUGCUGUGAGCAACUGUGAAUGGAGUGUAUUAUACGUGACGAUAGCAUCAUUUAUGACCGUGGCUGGCAUAGCAACUGUAAUAUGGGGUAUUGUGUGCUGCUGUCGAAGACGGAAAAGCAAAGGGAGACGAAAGAGCCGCUAUAAAAUGCUGGAUGGGGAUGAACAAGAGGCUCUGGAAUUACAGUUACCAAGACCUGGUCGCUUGAAGUCCGUUCCUGCUCCCUCAUCCUCCGCGCUCAUGCACUCCGACUCCGACCUGGAGAGUGACGACGGCCAAGCAGGCGUCCCGUGGUCCGAUCGAGAGCGUGGAAAACUCCUGCCGCCCCAAAACGGAUCUCUGCGCAACGGCCAAGGUCCUCAUAAACCCAAAAAACAAAAAGACGAGCUGCUUUAGCACACAGACCCAACCUCUCUCGUAUCGCACCAACGCACUGUUCACCCCUCAUCCAUGACACGUGUCACGACUUUAACUCGGGAGGGAACCUGCGGGACUUCAGGAAUGACCUCUGCACCUGCAUCUUCGGGUUGAAUCGCAGCCCAGUCUGAGCCAAAAUGAAAAUGCAAUUAAACCCGAAUGGUCAGAUCUGUAGAGCCAUGCACCUCAAUAGACAAUGAGAAUGUUCCUGCUUCCCUGCAGAGAUUUAUGUACUAGCCGAAAGAGUUGAGCAUUUUAAAGUAGAAAUCUUCCCCGCCAGAAUGUCUCAUCUCACCGCGGAUAACUGAGCCUGCCUCACUGUCCCCUUCCUACGACGCUUCCUGAUAUGACAGGCAGCCUGUCACAUCCAAACACUGCCUGGCAUGUCUAAUAAUUUGUAUAUUUUUACUUUUGGUAAUAAUGCAGAGGAUGAGUCCUUAGGCGCGCAACAGUGCCAUGUAUGACUGCAUGAGAAGGCAAGAUUUGUUUAUCCUUGUUUCAUGGUUUGCAUGUAUUUGAUUGAGACGUGCGUGUGCUACUCUGCAGUCUUGCCCCUUUAAACACCAGCAAGUGUGACGUCUGCUGCACAAUAGCCAUGUUUGUCGAGGGUUUCUUUUAUUUAAUACACUGGAAAUUGUAUUGGAUGUUGCACUGGAGUCUCUUACCCGCUCUGGUUUUGAGGGUGAAUAUGACAAGAUGGGGUCUGACUUACUCAAACCGGAACAGCCGCCAAAUAAUAAAUCAUGUUUUGUUACACUUGGCUUGCAUUAGUACUGCUUUUUACUCUAUUUGGUGAUCAGAAAUCAUCAUUUGGUUUUAAAAUAGUUUCAGUUCAGCCAAGAAUCUUUUCAUUUCCAAUGUUACGUGGUGGUUUAUUAUGAAAAGGUUGAAUGUUAUUUUGAUGGUGUAUUCGAAUGUUUUAUUUUUUUAUUUUACACCCUACAUGUCUGAGUUGCAGAUGAGUGCAUGGGGAAAAUGAAGAUUUUUUUUUUUAAUCCAUGCUUUUUGUUGUUGUUUUUAGUAAAGAAUUUCCUGUUUCAUGUGACUUGUUCUAAUUCAACUGGAGUAAAUUAAAACAUAUAUAUUUACAGCUGUC